AUGAGCGUCUGGGAGGAUCCCACUUGCACUGACACCGUGAUGGGCUACUGGAAGGGGACGGCCUCACUGGCAGUUGCGAAGGGCUACAAGUAUCUGUCGACACCUCUUGUGGCGGAACAUGUGGACUAUGCAGAAAAGUUCAUCGAGCACGCCUGUAAUUGCCAGGGGGGCAGUUGCAGUUGCACCGACGCAUCUUGCGGCUGUCCUGUGUAUGUUGGCUUCCACUUCUAUGCCUACGACUGCCAGCCGGAGUCCUCCGGCGGCUACAAGACGCUGCAGUCGCGCUUGGAGGCAGUGGCCGCCAUCAUGGAGAAAUAUCCCUUCGUCAAGGGCGCGAUUAUCAACGAAGUGGGCAUGCUGAACUGCGCGCCAGAGAGCUUGGACCCCAUCUGCGUCCCCAACUCGGGCAAGUACCCGGCCUCUGCCACGUCCGACCACGCCUGCCCGUCUACUGAUGAGCUGCCCAAUGGCUUGGCGAGCUUCAUCGAUAAGAUCUUCGACUCUUGGACCAGCAGUGAGCACAUCGGAGCCGAGUAA